AUGUACAACAACGUGAAGGAGAAUGCAGCAGCCUCCCUUGGGCAGGCCAGGCCGUGGUCCGAGGUCUUCGAGCGGUCCAGUUUUGCUAAAUUCCACGGCUCCACCGAGGCCAUGGGGCGCCUGCGCAAGAACUUUGCGUACUUCAAGGUCAACUACGGCAUCGUGGGCAUCGCCACCACCGCCCUGGUCAUGUUCUUCAAUCCCUGGUCCGUGGUGGUGCUCGCCGGCCUGGCCCUGGUCUGGUUCUACGCCUACCUCAUACGGUCUGGCCCCUUUGUCUUCAACGGCCGCGAGAUCUCCGAUCGCGAAAAGUUUCUGGGCCUGUCGGUGGCGUCCCUGGUCGUCGUCUUCUUCCUCACCUCCGUCGGCGCCGUGCUCUUCUACGCACUUGGCCUCUCGGCGCUCGUGGUGGGACUGCAUGGCGUGUACAAAGUGCCAGAUGACCUCUUCCUCGACGACGUGCCAGAGGCGACAGGCCUGCUCUCCUUCUUCACGGGAGCCACCACUGGACCCCCACUCCGCCCCCCCUCCGUGGUCACAGCUGUUUAG